AGGAAAAACAAAAUGGCGGACGAAGCGACUUCAAAAACAGAAGGAGUUGCUCUGCUAGAAAAAUGCCCUAAAGAACAAGCUGAGAAGUUUGUUCAUCAAAUUCUUGAUGGAAUUUGUGAUGGCAAAGAACCAAGAUAUGUCGACUAUGGAAAAAUAUGGACAACUGAACAAUGGCAAUCUGUGCGACGAGGACUUCAUGUUACACUUAAGAAUUUUAUUUGCAAAGAUUUUGGAAAAGAUGAGAUUUUUAAAGAACUAGAUCAGUACUCACUAAGUCCAGACAUAAAGCAAGUUGUCUUUGGCUGUAUUUUGGCUCGCAAAGAUGAAAUAAGGGCAGCACUUGUAAGCAAUACUGCUGGAAUAACAAAUGCAUAUCUAAAAGAUUUUGACUGGAAGGUCAAGAUGGUUCUUGCCAGUGAUAAGAUAGCUGGCAUUAGAAAGUCUGUUGUAAGUGUGGACUUGGACAUACAGCAGGACAACACAGUAAGACCUGUUACUGUGGAAAUGACAAAGGAAGAAUUAGGAAAUCUUAUAACAUCUCUAGAAGCAGCUAACAAGAUGGUUGUUCAACUAAAGGCAUAACUUUCAAGAUAUAAGUCAUAUUCAAAUGAGUUAUGUUAUAUAGAUGGUCCCUCUUACUUUGGGAAUGUUUCCCAUUCCAAAUCUAGAUCUCUUGAAAAUAUCUUUCUUUGAAUAUCGUAUUCAUCAAGCAUUUCUAAGAAAAUAAUAGAAUUAUUUUCAAGGGAAUGAAACAUGGUCUGAAAUGAGGAAUAUAAUGCCCAAAAUAAAAGGGUCUAAACACCAAAUUUAAAUGAUAUUAUGGUUACCAAUUUGAAUAACACUAAUUGUUGUGGACUGACUAGCCUCAUGUUCACAUGGAAAUAUAAAAGGGUUUUCACAGGUAUGAGAGGCUAGUCAGUCCAGAACGAUAGUUAUUUAAAUUGGUAGCCAUAUUUCGAUUCGGUGUAUGACAUUCCAGAAGAGGUUGUUUCAGACCUCUAAAAAGGAAUAAUUUGUAAUUUUUUUAUGUACUUGUCAGCAUUUUUUACAAUCAAAUUAUCUUGAGAAGGGAUUGAAAUGUGAAAUGAAGAAUAGUGUCAUAGACUUAAUGAUUUAUGUUAGAUCAAAGGCUAUAUUCUUUAGAAAUGAACCCUAGCAAAAUAGGACUGAGGCUGCUUCUGCACUGUCCUGUAUCCACACCUUUAUUCAUGGAUUAUAUGUGGAAUCAAUACAUUACAGAAUUGCAACACCCAAUUAUUAUAAAAUAGGCAUCAAACAGAAAAUUAGUAAUAGUAAGAGCUAGUUAAAAUGUGGUUAACAACAGCCUGGCUGCAUAUAAAGAGUUUCAAAAGAGCUA